AUUAGGUUUACUAUAGUGACGUAGAAGUUUGACGUAGUUUGUUGGCGGGUCGUGGUCCAAUCGUUGGCUCUCGUCCUUCAUCUUGCAGCACAGCUUCUAAGCUCUAAGUAAUCGAAAACUGAGAAAUAAAUAUGCGAGUAACAAAUACAACAAGAAUCGAGUAUCUGCGAAUGCUCUCUAGGUUACUCGCUUAUUUCAGAACUUCAUCGAAUACUAAACCCCUAAAUAAACCCGGAAGGGCCACCCUAUCUGAUUCUGAGUUGGCUGAGUUGCUUUUUUUAACCGUACAUCUAGUCGAAAACUUAGAAUAACCGAGUAAGUGACUGAAAUAAGGGAGGUAGGUAGGUUUGACACGGCUACUCUUCCUUGUUCAGGCUUAACUGUGCUUAUUUCAAGUAGUUACUCGGUUAUUUCAGGUUUUCGAAAACUUAGAAUAACCGAGUAAGUGACUGAAAUAAGGGAGGUAGGUAGGUUUGACACGGCUACUCUUCCUUGUUCAGGCUUAACUGUGCUUAUUUCAAGUAGUUACUCGGUUAUUUCAGGUUUUCGAAUACAUGAUCUUCCUAUAAUCCUCCCUUCUAAUCUUCAUACCUACACAUAAGAGAACACAAGAAGAGAACCCUUGUGAUCAAACUCAGGCUACCAAAUACCAGAACCAUACAGAGAACUAGAAGUAGUAAGGCAACUAAGAAAAGGAACUGGUCUCUACUGCGGUACAUUGCAU